AUGGUAUCAGUACUAGCAGAUCCAGAACCAAAAAAAUAUAAAAAUGAAUCUGUCGAAAAAGAUAAGAAAUCAGAAACUUUGACGACUGAUGAAAAAAACUUUUUGAGAGAGGUCGAGGAAAAAUUUGGCGUCAAAUCUGAAGUGCCUAUUAAUAGUAAGAAAGAAGAGAAAGGAGAAAGUAAAUCAGAUGUAGAAAAAGACAGUAAAGAUGUUCCUACAAUACAGAAACCUUCAUUUCCAGCUGUUAUCGCAAUUGAGAUUGUCAAUGACACAGAUUCGAAAUCGAAAGACAAGCGAACAAUUGAUGCUAAUCUCGGUUAUGGAUAUAGAACAAAUAAUGGAUACAGUUACACAUAUUUUGGAAAAUCUAAUCAGGACAAAGGAAAAUUUAUGAUAUAUCCUUAUUCACAAGAAGACAUUCCAGCCUCAAACAUAAAUCAAGGUUCUAAGUACAGUUCAUACUCAAAUAACAAAUACUCAAACGCGCAUGCAUCUAGCGUUGAAAUACAACCGUCACAAGCUUAUGAAUUAGUACCUGUAAAGAAUGAGGAAUCAUCCUAUACUUAUAAUAAGCCAUCAAUUGAAUUUAAAACUAACUAUGAAAAAGCUUUAGAAGCUUCUUCUCAAUCACACGCAAGUGAGAAUGCUGCACACACUUUAUACACUACGUAUAAUGGACAGGAGUUUUCUGGUUUGAGUGGACAAUUUCCUUCUGUUAUGCCUAAUUAUUUUGUGGACGCUUCACAACUUCUAAAAAACCCUCAUUAUCAGAACGCUGGAUUAACACAAGAUCAUUUACGCACCCAAAAUUCAUAUUUAAAUCAGAAUCAAAGAAUAGUACCGGUAUUGGUUCUUAGAGUACCCAGCUCCUACUUAAAAAAUCCCACAGCUGAGCUUUAUCCCAAUUUACCUCAGAAUUAUCCCUUAUCUCAACAUUUGAAUAGCGUAAAUCUUCAAGAGUUAGUUAAUCAAUAUUUUAAGAAAAAUGGAUAUCCAUUUGCGCCGCAAAUAAUGUAUAAUCAAAAUUCAAAUGUACAAUCAGAAUCGGUACCACAACAUUAUUCUAAUCCUUAUGUCAGACCUACAUACACACAAGCAGAUUAUUCUGGAGUUCAAUAUUCAGCUGUUAAACCAGUUAUGGCAAGAUAUCCCACCAUUAGCAACCAACAAAAAUAUUUGGUACAGCAACCUCAAUCUUUAUAUCAACGUCCUACUGAACAACAGUAUGAGUACGAAUAUAAGUAUGUCCCACAAACAGAGGUAAAAAUGCAAGCGUAUUAUAUUCAACCACAGUAUCAACAUGAGUCACAAUCGGGGGCUGUUGCAAGUGAGUACCAGAAUGAUCAAUCUAAUGUUGAAAAUCAUUCAAGCGUAGAAGAUACUUCAUCAAAUGUUCAAUAUGAAGCACCACAAUAUUCUAGCGGUCAACAAGCUCAAGAAGUGGCAGUGAAUUAUGAAUUACCAAAUUCACCCCAAGUAACUUCUCAACCAGAUUUAUCUCAAUAUGUAACUGCCAGCCCUGAAGCUUAUGACAUUAAUAAAGAAAAUAUUGAUUAUUUAAAACAAGUGAUUUCAUCUGAAUAUGAAUCUGCGUCUCCUGCAUAUAAUUCACAAUCUUCUGCAUAUAAUUCACAAUCUUCUGAAUACUAUUCAACUAAACCAGCUCAGACAAAUACAGUAUCAGUUGUACCAUCCAAUUUAAUUCAUAGCGAGCAAUAUCAAGAACCUAUAAAUUCUAACGUACCACAGAGCUACAUCUACCAAAGUCGAGCAAAUCAAGAUUCGAGCCAAUCGUUGGCACUCUCUGAAAAUUAUCCUAGUAAAGAUCAUACAAUUGCUACUGUUUUACCAUACUCUUAUAAAUCCACAGGAAAACCAGCGCAAUCAAGUGUACAAACAGUUACUUAUGUAACUCCUAUGCCAUCUGCAAAAUAUCAGUCUCAAUAUAGAGUAAUGGUACCCCAAACAGUACUUAAGCAUCCGUCCAGUGAAAAAGUAUCAUACGUUAAUUCUCAUUCAAUGCAUUAUAACCAAGCUGGUCAGUACGCGAAUUACAAUCCUGAAAGUGAAUACGCAGCAAGCCAAUACACAGGUCAAGUUGCAAGUAAACCAUCUUAUCCCAGAAAUUAUCACACACAUCCAAAAAGGAUGGUCAAGCAAGAUAAUAAACAAGAAGCUCGCUCAACCAGAGUAACAGCCAGAAAACAAAACGAUAGAAGUGAAAAGAAGAAAUCGUCG